GAGGGUGUGAACGGUCUGCAGCCGAACCAGGACCUGGUCAACGCCUAUGCGAUAGAGGCCAAGCAGGACGGCAUCAGAGCGGAGCCCAGAGAGGCCUGGGAUUCCGUGAACCGAAUGGCCACCGAUGCCGGGGCCGACCGAAUCCACUCGGCCUUCCUGCAGUAAGUCCAUCAUGCACACAAUCAUAAGGCAAUGCAUUGUUCGCUUCCUGCCCUUGUUGCCGUCAGGCGUGCUAUCCCUGCGUUGACCGCAGUGGCCUCGUCUAACCCUCGGGGCGGUAACGGCCAGCCCAAACUCACUCAGCUCGGCGGGUAGGAUCAAUCUGUACCGAUCCCCUUCCCGCUCUCUGUGUGUAUGCUGUGUGUGUCUAUGCAGCUCGUUGGAGGGCAUCUUGCGUUGUCAGAGCAGCGCCCUGCAGGCGCUGCACCAUUCCUUCAACUUUUACUUCUUCACCAGACCCAACAGCCACGUGUCGUCGGGCCUCUACCUCUACCCCGUGUUCGGCAUGCUCAUGCCGCUCGCCGCAGCGGUCAGCCAAUGGAUGGAUGGAUGGAUUUGUCUGUCUUGGCUGGUGCUGGUUUGGUCGUCAGACGUUUCAGUGUCGGGUGUUUAGUGACGUGGGAGCUGUGAUGCUUGGCGCGACCGUCAUGCUCUCGGGCCUCAUCGCAGGCAGCCUCACGUCUUUUGCACUCGCCACACAGGUGAGAUCGGUCACACACAGCCAGAAAGCGGACAACUUUGGUUUGUAUGUUGGCCCUUGUCUCUUCUUCAGAGUGGUCUCGUGGACGAGCUGUCAUCUUGGGGCAGUGGGGGUCUGCUCCCAUCAGCACCCUCCCUCCUUCGCUGGGCGCAUGCAGGCCCCCUCACCCCGUCAUGCACACCAGCAGCUGCACACGACAAGCGCCAAGUGCGGAUGGCCAGAAAGGUCAGUAAAUCGAGAGGCUGCACUCCACGGCACCGCACCCCUCACUGUGUGCUGUGCUGUGUGUUGCAGAAGGCGUCUGUGUGGCUGUGGGUGGCGCUCAUGGGCUACGCCGCCGUCGGUCUUGUCUGUUUGGUCAGUGAGGCGCUCAUUCGACAGCCACGAACAUCAGGCCAGCCGGCGACGACAGUGGGGCAAAGGGAAACACAGCGACGGCUGAAGGGGAGCCGAGCAUCCGUGAGAUGCCGCCACUGUGGAUGUGCGUCAAGAGUGUGGCGAGGGCGAUGGCCAUUCUCACAUUGGCACCACUCACGGUGAGCCAGCCAAACCGAAUCCAUCCAUCCAUCCAUUGAUUUGUCGUUGACCCCAUUCCCUUUUUGUUUAGGUGUACAACUGGGCUGCGUCAGUGUACUUGACGCCAUUAGUGGUGCCGCCGCUGCUGCUGGUGGAGCCACUCACCUCACUCAUCGAUGCGCCACAGCAGCAGCAGACGACCGCCCAAUCGCCCCCGCAGCACAACGGCAGAUGGCGGUGGAAAUGGCGGCCUCGGCUGCGACGAAGCCAUCUGUUCGUCCUGCCCUAUCUCCUGCUCACAUGGCUGCUACUCUUCGACGCCAACCUGUCGCACAAAAAGGGAGACAGCCCUGCCCACGGCAGCACAAUGGCGGAGCGGGUAUUGCACAUCCGUCACGAGGCCAUCCGUCUCAUCGGCCACAGCGUCGCCUCAGUGGCCUCACUGCUGCUGUCCGUCUGGUCGCAUUAUGUGCCCCGGCAGUUCGCCAAGUACGGGCCAAGACGGCUGCUGGCCUGGCUCCGGCAGGUGGGGGAGGCCGUCGCUGAACAGACCAGCCCUUUGCCACACGAGCGGCCGCUGUUUGCGGUGUAUCGCAUGGCUCAGGACUAUCGGUGUGUGGAGGGCAUGAGCAUGGCGGUGGUGUGGUUCGUGUACGUGCCGUUUCUGUUUGCCGUGGUGCUGGUGCUGAUGCUGCCAGAGAGGGGCAGGGGGUGGGGGGAGGCGGGGAGGGCAAGGUGAAGACGAGCUGAAUGUGAAUGCAAUGCAUUGGUUGGUGCAUGGAAAGGUGUACGCGUGUGUACAGCUGGUGGAAAGACGGACUGACGACUGUUCUAUUCCUGGGGGGAUAAGUGCAAGUGAGGUGGGCGUGUGACGGUUCGAGUGGAUCGAUGUGUCGUGAUUGUGUCGAGACUCAUUCAUACAGCGUUUGUGUGUCGGUGUGUCACUUGGACGUUGUCUCAUUCUCUGUCGUUGUUAGUUUCCGCGUGCCCGUCUUACCUCCAACCUGACGGCCUCAUAAGGGUGGAGGUGAGACGGGCACGCGGCAACUAGCAAGGACAGACAGACAGCCGCAGCAAUCUAACAAUCAUACAAUCUCGAAGCGAUGCAUGUGCCC